GGCAGUGAAACGCAAGUUUCGGUAUAGGGAAAUUUUACACGUACGCUAUUUAUCGUGCGUAAGGUUUGAUCGUGUAUAUUAGUGAGUGUUUCCGUGAGCAUCAUAGGACGACGGUAACAGAAUUAUAUUGUUUAACGUGGGUACAAGAGAAGGCUGUUCGAACUUUUUCACCACAAUACGGACUGCUGAAGAGAGUGAAAUGUAGAUAAUAUAUGAUAUGCAAAUAAUGUAGGACUCUGCUCAGCUUUAAAAUAGUCUUGCUCAGUAAAAACAACAUUUGCGCAGUGUGAAAUUUUCUUACAGGGAACACAGGUUAUCAAGGAAGCAAAUAUAAGGUAUGAGUGAACCUUUCUGUGUAAAUAUCAAUCUCGUCUGGAAGCCCUUCUAACGUUUGUUACUUUCGAGGCUUAGAGGUCUUAUUAUAGGAGGUAUGGACCCUGAUACGCAAGAUAUACUUGCAGAUGUGAGAGAUGCAGACGAAGCAGGAGAAAAAGAAAAUGUGUUCUUUUUAUAUGUUGCUACACCAAAAAAACCGCCUUCAGCACUACACAAAAAAGUCAUUGAGCCCUUUCUGAGAUCGAAAGGUUGGAGGAAAGUCAGCUAUAGAAACACAGGCUUCAGAGCACUUUACUUUUUAAGAAGAAGACAGGAAAUCCCAUUAGCUGUGGAACAAAACAGCAAUCGUGAUCAGUCUGUUUCUGACAUAAUAGACCUCGUAUCGGAUGAAAGCGAUUCUGAUGACGGACCAAGUAGUUCUCAAAGUCGAAAUACAACCUUGAGAAAGAAUACGCAAAUUCGUCAACAAAACUUUUCACAAUUCGACUCCCAACCCAACGAUGAUUCACAAGCUAUAAUUGCAACUCAAAAAGCCACGAAUCACCGCACUGAACUAAAGAAAGUCAUCGAAGAUUAUAAGACACAACAUGGUCUAACUUUCCAUGUUCAUAUAGUUCUUUCUAGACCGAUCGACUACGAGGUAGAUUUUGUGGAGCUCGCGAGUCAGUCGGGUUCUUUAGAGCCGUAAAAUAUUAAAAGUCGAUAUUUGUGCAAAAUUGGAAAAUGCCACCAACAUAAUCAAAUGGAAUAUUCGAAAUUCUUGAGAACAAUGUUGAAACCCAGAAAAAAAUCAUUAAAGCUCCCGUAAAUAUAUGAAAAACUUUCAUGUAUUAGCAGAUAAACACUCAGACCUAACGUAUCCUAUACUGCAGCGUAAACUGUUUGGGUAGUUUUUCUACCUUACUAUAUAAAAGUUACUAUAUAUAUAAUAUGUACCGUUGUAUAUUUAUAAUGCUUUUAAAAAUUCAUAGUUUGUUAAUCAGCCUUUUUCAUUUAUUCUCCACAAAUCUUUUGGUUCUUUACAUUGUGCCGUAAACAAAAUAUCGUCAGGCUAAUAACCGAGUUUUGAGUUUUUUUUAUAAAAUAGGUAUUUAUCUAAUGCUGCGCACCUGUCUGUUAACUCAGAUUUUAUCUUAAGAAUUUCAAAACCCAUAAAGAUUGAGAUUUUGUAUGACAUGCAAAUUUGUUCAAUUGUUUCGUCACCAUGAAUUUUCAUUGUUAACGCAGAACUAUUGUGACGUCACUAAGGCGAAAUAACUUCGGCGAAGGAUUUUCGAGUUUUUGCAUCUCAGAUUCUAGUUUAGCGCUUAUAAAUUUGAAUUUAUACUACAGUAUAGGAAGGCGUGCACUUGUGAUAUUCACUGUCUGAGUCCAAUUCACAUUGUUCGGCUACUAUAUAGGGGGACAUUGCUGUUUUAUUCUUUAUAUUUAAUCUUAGUCCUAUUUCGGUGGGUGUGCAGACCGUGUUAUAGUGAUGAAAUAUAUAUUUUCAAACAUAAAAAAUAAUGUAAUUGAAACAGA